UAUAUACAUAUACACAUAUACACCUACCUGGAGGUCUGCAGGGAGGCUCAGGAGCUGCAGCUGCCCGUGGUCGGCUCCCAGCUGGUGGGCCUGGUCCCCCUCAGAGCCAUAAUGGCCGCCGCUGACUUCUUCAUCAACAGAGACGGGCUCUUCAUCGUGGAGGAGGAGCACAAAGUCCGCCUGGUGAUCAGUAAACUCGGCCUGGACUCUCUCGCUCCGUUCAACCCCAAGGAGAGAAUCAUAGAGUACAUGGUGGGGGGGGGGGACAGCCCUCUGGUUUCUCUCUCUCUGAGGAACUUCGUUCAGAGCGUCGCUUCCAGAACUCCGGCUCCUGGGGGGGGGUCAGUGUCCGCUGCCAUCGCUGCCAUGGGGGCGGCGCUGGCCUGCAUGGUGGGUCAGAUGUCGUACGGGAAGCGUCAGUUUGAGAGUCUGGACGGCGUCAUGCGGCAACUCAUUCCCCCGUUUCAUAGCGCCGCCGCCGAGCUGCUAACGAUGGUCGACCGCGACGCCUCGGCCUUCAGCAGCUACAUGGUGAGAAACAUCGUAACCCUACGAUGUUUUUAUUAUACUAAUAACACGCCUUCAGCAGCUACAUG